UUCAUUGAAAGACACCUCUGAUUCAGAGAUGGAGAAACUAGAGACAUCAGAGCUGCAGUCCAGACUGUCAUCCCUGUCUGUUUCUUCUUUCCCUGGUAUAACGUCGAAAACCUGUGAAGCAAACCCUUUAAACAGACUUCAAAGCACAGACCUUUCCCGGACAGUAAUCCAACCGGACACCCAAACUAAAAUGGACGAUAACAGCGAAUCUACUCAAUCUACUGAGGAGUCCAGCGCAUCUCUCGGGAAGGCAGAGGCGGGUGACUCACAGGAGAGCAGUGCUUCACACCCCGGGGAGAAUAAAGCUCUUCCUCCGAUGAAACCAGCAUCCACAUGGACCUCCGUGGCUCUGAAGGAGCUGAAGACGAAGCUGUGUCAAGAGAAGGACAGCGUGGUGACGGUAUAUCGUGGAGACAUAAUGACCGUCCACGUGCCCACUGUUCCUGAGGCCAAGCACGUGUGCUGGGAGUUUGCCACAGAUGGCUAUGACAUUGGUUUUGGGGUUUACUUCGACUGGUCACCAGUCACUAGCCGAGCCAUUACUGUCCACAUUAGUGAAUCCAGUGAUGAUGAGGAUGAAGAAGAUGACCUGGAAGUCCCUGGGGUUCCUGGAGAUGUUGAGAAGGGCUCUAAAUCAGUUGCCAACUCGAACUUGGGAGAAAUCCUGCCUGUGUACCGUCAGGACAGUCAUCAUGAUAUGUGCAAUGUGUUUUAUGUGGCUUAA